AUGGCCGAAGAAGUUGACCCCGUUAGUCUGGGUGACCAGACGAUUCUCCGCUAUAAAAUAUGGAAGAAGAACUCUCCAUACUUGUAUGAUUAUUUCCAAAGCAAGUCUCUGCUGUGGCCCUCUUUAUCUGUUGAGUUUUUGCCAGACAUUGAACGAAAUGACGAAGAUGAGUUCGAUUACCAAAGGCUUAUUUUUGGAACAUUUACGUCGGGAGCCAGCAAUGAGUUUUUGAACUUUGGGAUGUUUAGUAGACACAACGAAGUCUCUUUGAGAGAGUCACUGAGGAACUCUCUGGACAAUUUUGACAGCGUCAAAGGAGAAAUAUCACCACUAGUAUUACCAUCUUCCAAAGACUCCAAAAACUCUAAUCGCAGCUGCGAAAAGUUGAGCAUCAUCCAACGAAUAGCACAUAAUGGAGAAGUUAAUAAAUGCAAAUAUCUUCCUCAAAAUCCCGACAUCAUAGCGACAAUUAAUAAUUAUGGGAGUGUUUCGAUUUUUGAUCGAACAAAACAUCCUUCUCAACCACUAAGCGGCACAAUUAAACCAGAUAUUUACUGUACAUAUCAUAAGGAUGAAGGUUCCUGUUUGAGUUGGAAUCCUAGCGUUGAAGGGGAACUGUUGUCAGGCUCAAUGGACGGAACGGUUGUAUUAUGGGAUAUCAAAAAGUACACGAGGGACAAAGAUUCUCUUGAUCCAUACAAGAUAUUCAUUGCUCAUGACAAUGGCUGCAAUGACCUUAAAUUCAUCCCUAGACACACAUCAAUUUUUGGUUCUGUUGGAGAAGAUGGCUUUUUUAAACUUUGGGAUACCAGACAGGGACUGGAUCCCGUUAAGUCAACACGACUUCAUCAAACGGGCAUCAACUCACUAUCAUUCAGUGACCAGGUGCCAUUCACUCUUGCAACAGGUGACGCGGAAGGUCAGAUUAAACUCUUGGAUCUUAGAAAUUUAGAAAACACUAUACAAGAUAUUAAGGCCCAUGAGGAAUCCAUAUCAACACUUGAAUGGAACCCUCAUAACUCUCUCCUAGGUUCAUGCUCUAUGGAUAAAACGGUCAAGAUUUGGGAUUUUGGUGACAAUGAGCAACCGCUAAAGUUCACUCACGGUGGGCAUAUGUUCGGAGUCAACGACAUCUCGUGGAAUCCAUGGGAUGAAACAAUGAUAUCAAGUGUCGGCGAAGAUAAUUCUCUACAUAUUUGGAAACCAUCUAAAAGUAUUAUAGGUGUCUAA